AGCAAAAAAUAGAGAGCAAUCGAAGUAAGAGAUUGAUAGUGACCAGAUAGAGGUUUUUGCUACAUAUAAUUAGGUAAAGAUAUGGCAAAAUAUUGGAGUUCUGUGCUUGUUCUUGCUCUAGUAGUGGUUCACGCUAGUGCAAGGAAUGUGCCUAGUGAUGCUGGCCUUAAUGACCAAAAGAACUUCCUCACAUAUGGUGGCGUUGGCAGCUACUCUGGGAUUGGAGCCAAUGGCAUGCCAAUUGGAGGAAUUGGGAGUGUUGGUGGUGUGACUGGGCUCGAUGGUACAGGUGGACUUGGCGGCUUAGCUGGCAUCGGAUUUGGAGGUGGUGCUGGUGGUGGUGGCACUGCUGCCGGAGUUGGAAGUGGCGCUGGUGGUGGCAAUGGGGCUGGUGUCAUCCAUUUCCCUUAAAUUGGUGGUGCUUUACUAUAAUCAGUUUAACUAGUUUUAGAGUACUAUAGCUUUUUCAAGAGUGUGUGGCAGUCUAUGUUAGUAAUGUUUGCUACGUGUGGAGAUGUUGUGUCCUUUUAUCAUGUUUUGGUUUGCGUUUUUCCUCUGUAAUGAUUCAUCGUUAUUAUCUUUUUGUAGUCGGCAUUGACCUAAAUAAGCUGAUUUUGGCAAGAUAGACACCUCUAAAUUGCUCAAGUCCAAUGAUAUAUGAAUGCUUAAUUUGAAUGAAUUUUUCCAU